UCUCCUUGGGGUAUGUUGCAGAUGGAAAACAUGGACCAAAAAGACUCGUGGGUUAUCGAGGUUGAAAAAAUUUUAGAUGGCAAAACCAGACCAGACGAAUCCCAUGAUGGUCUCAUUAAUACUGUUCCAGAGUCUCUCUUGAUGAAAAAUACUGAGGUGUUCUAUCUUCCUCAAGUCAUCUCCUUGGGUCCUUACCAUUUCAAAAAAAUGGAGAAGCUGGAUGAUAAGAUGGAGCUGCUUAAGUCAGAAGUGGCCAGAAAAGUGCACCAUGAAAUCAUAGGUGACUUGAAAUUCUCGGAUGUGGUGGAGAGUCAUAGUCUGUUUGAGGAAAAUAAAAAUGAAAGCUAUGAUAAGAGUGGAACUGGCUUAAAAUCGGUGAUGGAAAGUUUCAAGAAGAACGAGAAAAACAUAAAAAAAAGCUAUGCUAGAAAUUUUGAAUUUGCCGGUGAAGUGUGCGCGUGGAUGAUAGUGAGGGAUGCCUGUUUUGUUCUACAAGUCUUGGAAAGGUUCCGAGAAGAUAAGAAUGAAGAUACAGAGGAAAGCGUCUGGGCUUCCAUCGAUCGUAUUCUUAGCAGGAAACGACAUCAUCCUCUGUUGACAGAAAUUGUGAAAGAUAUGCUCAAGAUGGAAAACCAACUACCAUUCUGGACUUUGAAAGUAAUCAGGCCCGAUGUUGUGCACUGGUUUGAGUCGGCAUUUAAAAACUUAUCCCCCAUAGAAGUAGCAGAUUUGGGAAAUCGACGGGUGUACAAGAAAGAAUCUCAUAUCUUGCAAUUGCUUCAUGACUACAUUGUCGACAGGCCGAUACCCGUCCUCGUCUUCCGAGGCUCCCCCUUUUCAGGUACGAAAGGGCGAUUUCUUCUAUUAGUAUAUUGGAUAAUCCUACUAGUAUUCUCCCCAUUUGUUUUCAUCAUUUUCAUCAUAUUUCUCAUUCAGGAGUACGUAUCCCCUAAGUGGGAGAUACGGGAACACGCUCCAACUGUAGAGGAACUAAAAAGAGUAGGAGUGAAAUUCAAGAAAUUGGAAGGUGAAGAAAGAGGAAUUAGUCAUAUUAAGUUCAAGUCUUCAACACUUUAUUUGCCUCAAUUUAAGGUAGAUAACAGAUCGGAAGUGAUACUCAGAAAUCUGAUUGCCUACGAAAUCUGCUCCCAAGAAAGGGAAAAACCCAUUACAAGGUACGUCAUUCUAAUGAAUGAUCUAAUUAACACCAGUGAGGACGUGGGUAUCUUGAGACGACAGGACAUCAUCACCAGCAAGCUUGGAAGUGACGAGGAGAUUGCUAAAUUUUGGAAUUCUAUGCUGACAUCCACAGAAGUGCCAUGGUUCUACCCUAUUGACUACGCUGUUUCAUCCAUAGCUCAUUAUCGCAAGAAGUGGUGGAAAGUUCUGUGGGCUCAAUUUAUUAUGGCUCACUGUUCAAAGCCAUGGGUGUUUCUCUCUCUCUUCGCCGGACUUUUACUCUUACUGCUAACAAUUGCCCAAGUGGUUUGCCUAUUUGCAUCUUGCCAAAUUAAAAAAAAAUAGUGCCUAUUUGCAUUUUGCCAUAUCAAAAAAUAGACAACUCAGUGAACUGCUGAACUUUUAUUAGUUGCUGGAGUGUUAUAUCAUUCAGAUAUUAGUCUUUUAGAACCAGACCAUCUUUGUUCUGGAUGCCACUUAUUUCCAAUAUAUACUACU